CAAUUACAAAAUCCUGCUAUUACUCUCUAAAUUCCAAUUGAUGUGCGUAAGCACAUUUUGAUGACUCCAUAUUGUGCAUCGUCAUCAUCAUUAACAACGCUGCCAGGUUGCAAUCGAAUCGUCAACGCCAACUGAUGCAACGACGCUGCGUGUUCCAUAUUAGAUUCCACUUGUCACGCUGAUUCUCCUUCCCAAAAUGCCUUUUUAGGGCAAGGGAUAAGAUGCGUAUUCCCAAAACCCUCACCUCUUCAAUUUGCUUAAUUUUUCUCCACCCUUCGCCUUUUGGUUUUCCCCAAUUCGGUUAUUGGAACACCGAUUUAGGUUUUUCUGCUUCUCAAAAGCUCUGCACUACCAAAAGGUCCUUCAUUAGUUAGGAUCAAGCCGUAAAAUGGAUGCCUACUGCACAGAUGGAGUUACGUCAGAGAUACGAGGAAUUAAUGGCUAUGAAGAUGGCCAGAUUCUGGCCUCAUGGGCAUCUCCUGAAGGAAGGCAAAACAUCGAUAUAGGCAAACAGAUUUUCUGUAACAGUGCUGUGAAUAUGAAAAAUAUAGUUGCUAUUGGCUUUGAUAUGGACUAUACACUGGCACAGUACAAACCUGAAACUUUUGAAUCCCUAGCAUAUGAUGGUACGGUCAAGAAGCUAGUAAGUGACUUGGGAUAUCCUAAAGAGCUACUGGAAUGGUCUUUUGAUUGGACGUACAUGGUCAGAGGACUGGUUCUAGAUAAAAAGAGAGGAAAUAUACUUAAGAUGGACAGGCACAAAUAUGUGAAAGUAGCCUAUCAUGGAUUUAGGUUGAUAUCGAAGAACGAAAAAGUUGCUACAUAUGGGAAUACCUUCAUCCGAGAUGCAUUUGAUGGGCCUGAUUAUGCACAUAUCGACACCCUUUUCUCACUAGCUGAAGCUUAUUUAUUUGCUCAGCUGGUCGACUUCAAGGAUAGUAAUCCAGGGAAAAUCUCUGAAGAAAAAGACUAUUCUUGUAUGUAUAAAGAUGUCCGCUCUGCUGUUGAUCUGUGCCAUCGUGAUGGAACUUUGAAGAAGAUGGUUGCAAAAGAUCCAAGAAAGUAUAUCAACGAGGACAACUUGAUAGCACCAAUGCUAAAAAUGCUUAAAACUUCUGGUCGCGCUGUAUUCUUAGUGACAAACAGUCUUUGGGAUUAUACAAAUGUCGUGAUGAAUUUUCUAUUUGGGCCCUGGACGACGGAUGGCAGUUCCUCUUUGAGUCUUGAUUGGCUCCAACACUUUGACUUUGUCAUCACUGGCAGUGCGAAACCAAGCUUUUUCCAUGAUGAAAAUCGUGCUAAUCUUUUUGCUGUUGAGACGGAAUCAGGGAAGCUUGUUAAUACUGACAAUGGUACUCCACUCGCUCAGGUGGGAGACCCUGAUAUAGAACUGCCACAUCAGAUCCCAAAUAUGCGAUGCAAAGUGUUUCAGGGAGGCAAUGUUGGCCAUCUGCAUAAACUACUCCAUGUCGGGGCAAGUUCACAGGUGCUCUAUGUUGGAGAUCAUAUAUAUGGGGAUAUUUUACGCAGCAAAAAAGUUCUGGGUUGGAGGACAAUGCUUGUUGUUCCAGAACUUGAAAAGGAGGUUAAAGUUCUCUCAUCCUCACGGGACACUCGAAAGAAACUCCAACUGCUGAGGAGUGAGCGAGAUCAGAUUGAAGAUCAAACCCAUCAUUUAAAAUGGUCCCUUGAGCAUGAAAACCUGGAUGCUGGUGAAAAGGAAAAGAUCUCUGUAAAGCUUGACCUACUUGAGAGUCAGCGCGCACGUGUUCGAGCAGCACAUCAAGAGUCUCAAAGAAUUUUCCACCAAAAGUUCCAUCCGGUGUGGGGGCAGUUGAUGAAAACUGGGUACCAGAACUCGCGGUUUGCAGAUCAGGUGGAACGAUUUGCGUGUUUGUAUACAAGUCAAGUUGGUAAUCUGGGGCUCCACUCUCCUGCUAAAUACUAUCGGCCAUCCGAGGACUUCAUGCCUCAUGACUCUGACAUUCUCUCUUAGUUUUUCAACAACGAUACUUCUAGACAGACUGUUAAACCAACCUUAAGUUUGUUUGCUUGUGCUUUGUGUGAUGCUUAUGACAAAAACCGUAUAUCAAAUUUUUUUCUCUAAUUCCAACCAAUUAUAAUUGGUACA